CGCGCGCGCGCUGCUGGUGCAGGCGCCAAACUGCAGCAGCCAGCCUGAGAGCAGGACGGGCGGUCACAUGACAGGCCGCCUGCUACUAGCUAAGCGCCGCAACCAUGUUCGUCGCUCGCAGCAUCGCCGCUGACCACAAAGAUCUAAUCCACGAUGUUUCGUAUGACUUCCACGGCCGGAGAAUGGCCACCUGUUCCAGCGACCAAAGCGUCAAGGUGUGGGACAAACGGGAGAACGGAGAGUGGCAGUGCACCGCCAGCUGGAAGACACACAGUGGAUCGGUGUGGAGAGUAACCUGGGCUCACCCGGAGUUCGGCCAGGUUCUGGCCUCCUGCUCCUUCGACAGAACAGCCGCCGUCUGGGAGGAGAUCGUCGGGGAGUCCAACGACAAGCAGAGGGGCCUGAGCCACUGGAUCAAGAGAACCACGCUGGUGGACAGCAGAACGUCGGUGACGGACGUGAAGUUUGCUCCCAAACACAUGGGCCUGAUGCUGGCCACCUGCUCCGCGGACGGAGUGGUGAGGAUCUACGAGGCUCCAGACGUGAUGAACCUGAGCCAGUGGUCCCUGCAGCACGAGAUCUCCUGCAAGCUUAGCUGCAGCUGCAUAUCGUGGAACCCCUCAAGCUCUCGAGCCCACCCCCCUAUGUUUGCCGUGGGCAGCGAUGACAGCAACGUGGCGUACGGCGGGAAGGUCCAGAUCUACGAGUACAAUGAAAACACAAGGAAGUACAGUAAAGCAGAGACGCUGAUGACCGUCACCGAUGCCGUCCACGACAUCGCGUUCGCCCCCAACCUGGGCAGAUCUUUCCAUGUGCUCGCCAUUGCAACCAAAGACGUCCGCAUAUUUAAGCUUGUUCCUCUGAGGAAGGAGAGCACGGCUGCAGGUCCCACCAAGUUUGAGGUGCAGAUUGUGGCUCAGUUCGACAACCAUAACUCCCAGGUGUGGCGCGUGAGCUGGAACAUCACCAGCACCCUGCUGGCUUCCUCUGGGGACGAUGGCUGCGUACGCUUGUGGAAAGCCAACUACAUGGAGAACUGGAAGUGCACAGGCAUCCUGAAGGGAGACGGCAGCCCGCUGACGGGCUCCUCCGGUCAGCCCUCAGCCAUGAACAUGGUGGUGGGCUCCUCCGUUCAGAACUCCCAGAACAUCCUGAACGGCAUGUCAGCAGGAAGGUAUUUCUUUCCACCUCUGGAUCCUCCCAGAGGUGGGACCAGGCACGGUCACCUGCUGCCUCCUUCGUCCCUCAUAGAGCACUGUGAUGCAGAGCCCGUAGCUCAGCCUCAGCCUCAGCAGCUGGCUCUGGCUCACAGGCGGCCCUCCAGGGCGCUGCUCUCGCUGCCAGAAACCGAGGAGCAAUGAUUUGAGUUAUCGGGGGGGGGGGGUUAUUGGUUUUCCCUUUUUAGUCUGUGCCUUUGUUAGAGAAUUCAAUGCUGGGGUGUCAUUCACUUGUAAUAAAAAAAAAGUUUUCAUAAA